UCUACUAAUAUAAACCUCAAGCAUAAAGAAUUAAAAAUGCAUUCCCUCCUCUACAACUACAAGUUCUUCUUGCUCCUUGCCAGCCUGAUCACGUGCUCGACGAUCGCCGGAUCGACCCGCCACGGGCUCAGCCCACCGACCACGACACGACUCACCGGUCUCUUCCCUCGCCUGACCUUCGAUAAAUCCUUCUCCGAUUUCUUCGGAGGACAAAACAUCAAGCGGGCCGGUAACGGGUCGGUUGUUACCAUUGCGCUUGACAAGCACACGGGUUCGGGGUUCAUGUCGAGAGAUCCGUACUACUACGGAUUCUUUAGUGCUUCCAUCAAGCUUCCUUCAACUUACUCUGCGGGAGUUGUGGUGGCUUUCUAUAUGUCAAAUUAUGGAAGCUACCCAAAAAGUCAUGACGAAAUAGACUUCGAGCUGCUGGGGCAUGAGAAGAGGAAAGAUUGGGCGCUUCAGACGAAUGUUUAUGGCAACGGAAGCGUCAGCACAGGUCGAGAAGAGAAGUUCUACUUAUGGUUCGAUCCAACACAAGACUUCCAUGAGUACAGCAUCCUAUGGAACUCUCAUCACAUUGUGUUUCUCGUAGAUAAUAUCCCUGUGCGAGAGAUAAACCACAGUGUUGCGAUGUCCAAAGCCUACCCUUCGAAGCCAAUGUCACUCUAUGCGACAAUUUGGGAUGGAUCAGACUGGGCAACACGCGGAGGCAAGAAACCAAUAAAUUACAAUUUCGCACCGUUCGUUGCAUCCUUUAAGGAUUUUGAAAUGGAGGGGUGCUUAUGGAAUCAAACCAAAUCAUCGUCUCCUUCAUGCUCAAAUAACAAUGUAAACGACCGACAGGGUCUCGAUCCAAUUUAUGGGCAAGAUUUCAUAAAGCUCUCUCAGCAGCAGAAGGUUGCGAUGGAUUGGGUUAGGAGCAAGUUCAUGUUUUAUUCCUACUGCAACGAUGCAAAGAGAUUCUCAGCGAUACCUCCAGAAUGCAAGGAAAGAAACAGCUAGUUUGGUUCUCUAUUUACCUAAUUCUUUUUCCGAUUAAUUCUUCCUUCCUUCAUAUUUCUCUCCUCUGAUUUGAUUUGUAUGUCUACGUAUGUAUAAUGAGUAUGUAUUGUUAACCACCCCAGCCAAUCAAGCCGCAAAGUUUGACCC